AUGCGUUGCAUCACAAGUCUAGAUGUUGCUUCUGCUAAGGAAAGAAUUCAGAAAAGCGAAAUGAGACUUCUUCAAAGCCAAAUGGGUGGAGAAAUCACUGUGGAAAUGGAUGCUGCUCCUGGUGUGGAUCUCACAAAGGUCCUGGCAGAAAUGCGAGAACAGUAUGAGGGCUUGGCAGAGAAGAAUCGCAGAGACGCUGAGCAGUGGUUCUUCAGCAAGACUGAAGAGCUGAAUCGAGAAGUUGCCAUCAAUACGGAACAACUCCAGAGUGACCAAUCAGAAGUCAUAGAACUGCGACGUAGCCUUCAAGGACUAGAGAUAGACUUGCAGGCCCAGCUUAGCAUGAAAGCAGCACUGGAAGGGACUUUGGCAGACAUCGAAUCUCGCUAUAGUAUUCAGCUAGCCCAGAUCCAGGGGCUGAUCAUCAAUGUGGAAGAGGAACUGGCUACCUUGAGAUGUGAUAUGGAGCGCCAGAACCAUGAAUAUAAGAUUCUCCUUGAUGUCAAGACACGCCUGGAACAGGAGAUUGCCACCUACCGUCGUCUGCUGGAGGGAGAGGAAACUUAUAUUUCUCCCCAAUACUCAUCAGCCGUAGAGGGUAAGGAUCUACCAGAGUUUUGAUGUUUAAUUAGCCUCUUGCCUGAAUCUAUUCUAGUUUUAAAAGUUUCCUUCUUGGAGUAUCUAGAUCUGCAAAAUAAAUAGACAAGGUGAUGAUUCAAUAGUUGCGACCA